AUGGCUUCCUUCCUCGCGUCCCGGAGACUCGCCUCCCAAUUCGUUCGCUCGCCAGCUUUCCCCCGCGUUGUGCGGUGCUACUCGACCGCGCUGCCUUCAUAUGAGCACAUCCAGGUCUCCUCCCCCAAGCCUGGUGUGGGCCUGGUGACGCUGAACCGGCCCAAAGCCCUCAACGCCCUCUUCUCGCCGCUCAUCGCCGAGCUCAACGACGCGCUGCGCAAGCUCGACGCCGACGCGGACACGGGCGCCAUCGUCAUCACGGGCUCGGCCAAGGCCUUCGCCGCCGGCGCCGACAUCAAGGAGAUGAAGGACAAGUCGUUCGCCGACGCCUACGGCCGCGACUUCAUCGAGAACUGGUCCGACAUGACGGCGCAGAUCAAGAAGCCCGUCAUCUCGGCCGUCAACGGCUACGCCCUCGGCGGCGGCUGCGAGCUCGCCAUGAUGGCCGACAUCCUGUACUGCUCCCAGGGCGCCACCUUCGGCCAGCCCGAGAUCAAGCUCGGCGUCAUCCCCGGCGCCGGCGGCUCCCAGCGUCUGACCCGCGCCAUCGGCAAGGCCAAGGCCAUGGAUCUGGUCCUCACCGGCGACAACUUCACGGGCAAGCAGGCGUACGAGUGGGGUCUCGCCGCCAAGGUUUUUGACUCUGCGGACGAGUGCGUCAAUGGCGCCAUUGACACGGCCGCCAAGAUUGCUGGCUACAGCAGGAUAGCCGUCAAGGCCGGCAAGGAGGUUGUGAAUAAGAGUCAGGACCAGGGUAUCAGAGAGGGUGUCGAAUUCGAGCGGAGAGUCUUCCACAGCUUGUUUGGCAGCAAGGAUCAGAAGAUUGGAAUGGCCGCAUUUGCCGAGAAGAGGAAGCCCGAAUGGUCGAACGAGUGA